UGGACGAUCACCGGGUCGAGAGCAUAGACUGUAGGGUGGAGAUCUCUGUUUAGAUAUUUAUUUACACACUAAAGAAACGCGCUGGAGUGAAAACACGAGCUGUGUUAUUUUUAAUUAAAUCUGGCUGUUUGGGAAUCAGAGCUCGGCCGCUUGAACGCCACGCUUGUCUGCACCUUGUCCACAGAGCCCAGAGAGUGGGCUGGAGCUGGAAGCUUCCACGAGCCGGAAGAAACACAGGCAGCGAGGAGGUGAGCGGAAUGAGCGCAGGGAUGGAGAUAGACUUUCAGCCCGAGGAGUCCAUGGUCUCUUCAUUUGAUGAUGACUGUGUCGGGCUUGGUGACGUCAAGGACAUGAGACUGGAGGCAGAAGCAGUGGUGACCGACGUACUGUUUGCCGUCACGGUAAUGCACGUGUCACAUAGUCUCAGCAGUGCGUUGGACGUAGCCUACAUCAACGUGCAAACGAGAGAGGGAAACCGGUAUUGUCUGGAGCUCACAGAGGCGGGACUGAGGGUGGUGGGCUAUGCUUUUGAUCAAGUGGACGAGGAUUUGAGUAACCAGUAUCAUGAGACGGUUUACUCACUCCUGGACUCGCUCAGUCCGGGAUACAGAGAGGCCUUCGGGAACGCCUUGCUGCAGCGGCUGGAGAGGCUGAAGCAAAGUGGACGAUAAAGAAACAAAAACAAAGGGACUUGGAUGCUACAUAAGUUGUUCAAGUGAAACAGGGGCUGGCGAUGUUGGUGUAUUUGGACAUGAGCCAAUAAUAACCAGAUCUGGUCCAAGAUUAUAGCCUAUUAUGUGACAACCACCUGCCUAGCUACCACUCCAAUAAGGUGUACCCUGCCCUAUCAAUGUUGCUUUGUUCCGAGUUUCAUAUCAUUGAAUGGCGACAUAUUUGAUACUUCAGAGUGCGCAACGGUUUGGCUGUUUGUACGGUUGCAACAUUGUGGUGUUGACUUAAACUGUGGAGAGAUCUUCCAGCUUCCACUUGUUACGUUUGUAACUGCACGAAAGAAGCAGCAGGUUGUACUGGUAGAAAUUCCGUGUCCUCCUCCACGUCCUCUGCCCUGCCUGCACUAAAACUGUGACCUGAUCUCUGCUCUAACAUACUCAACUCCUUCUCAUUCAGCAGGUGUCUCAGUGAAAGAGCCAAAGCUAUAUUCUCUGUGUAACUCAUAUUGCCUUAAUGAUUGACUUUUGGUUGGAAAAGUACAAAAUUAACCUAUUAUGUUGUACUUACUGUCUGGAAGGAGAUCAUUUUUUUGUGGGGCUGUCAUUUCACAAACUUAUUUGAAAGUUCUGAUUAUGUUGUAAACCUUGCUGCUGGCCUUUGCUCAGAUCAAUAAAAUCUCAGAAGUA